UACUCAUAACCUAAAAAUAAUUACUCAAUUUGACGUAACUUAUUUUGCAAUCACACAAAGUAUAAAAUAUAAUAAAAUUUGGAUAACAAUUCAAAACAGAACAGAAUACAACACAUUACACCACGAUAUUACAAACUAGAAUUAUUUUCUACAAGUGAGUAGUUUUUAAAACAAACAAAUCGUAUUGGAAAAAUGGCAGAAGAACAACCACCAAAUCAAAUCGCUGGAGCGAUUACAUAUCCACAAUCAACAAAUAAUGAAAAUGUUCAACGACCACCACGACAACCUCAAAAUUUACAAGGUUUAUUACGAUUUGCUAUGGAAUAUACAAAACGUGAAGAUGCACCUGGAGAAUCGAUGUUGGGACCUUUAGAUGAAGAGAGAAGAAGAUUCCUUGAAGAUGCUCUAAAGUCACUUACAGUCGAUGUCAUCGAAGUAUUAUUAAAAGCCAUAAAUGUCCUAAAAGGUGCAGGUGAUUUGAGUCUUGACACUGAUAUAUCAGAGUAUAUAAAUGCUUUCGAGUCAAUUUUAGAAUUUGUUGACAGAAUUGAUACAGCAAUUGAUUUUUAUAAAAUUGGAGGAUACGAUAUAUUUGAACCCUGUUUCAAAUGUGUACAUAGUCAAAUUAGUGCAAAUGCAUGUAAUUUAUUGGCUGAAUUAUGCCAGAACAAUCCAUUUUGCCAGGACCGUGCAUUAGAACGUGGUUAUAUUAAAACUUUAAUCGACUUAGUCGCGGCUGAUAAGGAUGCUGAAAUAGAAACGUCUGAAGUAGCUGUAAAAGCAGUGUAUGCUUUAUCAUGUAUGAUAAGAGAGCACGAGAAUUCACUCGAAGAAUUUACAAAACAAAAAGGCCUCGAAAUAUUUUUUCAAGCAUUACAAAAUAAUUACUGUAAUAAUAAAUUACGAAUUAAAAUUUGUUUCUUAUUAUCGGCGUUAAUUAACCAAAAUAAAGAUUUUCAAAAUCAAGUUGUCAAAAUGGGAUUUGUACCGUUAUUUAUAUCAAUUUUGGGCGAAGAACGUAAUGAUGUUCAGGAACAUGUUUUAGCAACACUCUCAUCUUUAGUUCGAAGUCAUAGGGGAGCUCGCGAAGAAUGUCAAAAUCCUGAUUAUUCUUUAAAAGCAUAUUUAACGUCUCUUUUACGCAUGGCUGUUCGGCUUGGUGAUGAAGCACUCGAAAUAAAAGAAUACUGUACGGAAUUACUAAGUUUAUUUACCGAAGAGACCACAAGUAAUUCUGUUGAACGUUAGUAUAGUAUUUUUAUUUUUGUUUGUUUGGCGAA